AUGUCUUGACAAAAUUGAGUAUCAGUGUCUGCAAAGCUGAAUCAACUGAAUCGAGGCCUGUAGACCCAUGAAAGCCUGGUGCCCCAGAAUAAUACUGGCACUUGAGCAUCAUGUCUCUUUCUAACUGCAAUGACAGCUGCUCAGGAAGCAGUUCUGCAUGCAUCUGGAAGCGGCACCCCUUUACCCUCCAAGGACUACUGCAUGCUAUAUAAUCCUCUUUGGACAGUGCUUCCAACUACCCUAGAAAAUGCAACUUCCAGAAGUUUGAUGGAUCUUACUAGCACACCACUAUGCAACCUUUCUGAUCUUCCUCUCCAUGGCAUGAACAAUAAAGCAGUUGUGGUACAGUGGGGACCCUGCCAUUUUCUGGAAAAAGCCAGAAUUGCACAGAAAGGGGGUGCUGAUGCAUUGUUGGUUGCCAAUAACAGUGUUCUCUUUCGUCCCUCAGGGAAUAGAUCUGAAUUUCAAGAUGUGAAAAUACCAAUUGCAUUUAUAAGCCAAAAAGAUUUUAAAGACAUGAAACAGACUUUUGGAAGUAACAUUACUGUAAAAAUGUACUUACCACCACGGCCUGACUUUGACUAUACAAUGGUGGUUAUUUUUGUAAUUUCUGUGUUCACUGUGGCAUUAGGAGGAUACUGGAGUGGACUUAUUGAAUUAGAAAACUUAAAGACAAUAACAAGCACCGAGGAAAGAGAAAUGAGGAAAAAGAAGGAAGAAUAUGUAACUUUCAGUCCUCUUACAGUUGUAGUAUUUGUGGUCAUCUGCUGUGUUAUGAUGGUCUUACUGUAUUUCUUCUAUAAGUGGUUGGUUUAUGUUAUAAUAGCAAUAUUCUGCAUAGCAUCAGCAAUGAGUCUGUACAACUGUCUUGCUGCACUAAUUCAUAAGAUACCAUGUGGACAAUGCACGAUUACGUGUCGUGGCAAAAGCAUUGAAGUGAGACUUAUUUUUCUCUCUGGACUAUGCAUAGCUGUAGCUGUUGUUUGGGCUGUGUUUAGAAAUGAGGAUAGGUGGGCUUGGAUAUUACAGGAUAUCUUGGGCAUUGCUUUCUGCCUCAAUUUAAUUAAAACACUGAAGUUACCCAACUUCAAGGUAAAGUAUAUUGUUUUGCUAACUAAAAAAUACAUAAUUUGCAUCAACUUUUUCUUUUUUUGCCACUUCUGGACUGAGAAUGGUGAGAGUAUUAUGGUUGAACUUGCAGCUGGACCUUUUGGAAACACAGAAAAGUUACCAGUAGUUAUCAGGGUACCAAAGCUGAUCUAUUUCUCAGUAAUGAAUGUGUGCCUCUUGCCUGUUUCAUUAUUGGGUUUUGGAGACAUUAUUGUACCUGGUCUGUUGGUUGCAUACUGCAGAAGAUUUGAUGUUCAGACUGGUUCUUCUGUAUACUAUAUUUCAUCCAUAGUUGCCUAUGCCAUUGGCAUGAUACUUACGUUUGUUGUUCUGGUGCUGAUGAACAAGGGGCAGCCUGCCCUCCUCUACUUGGUACCUUGCACACUUAUUACUGCCUCCAUUGUUGCUUGGAGACGUAAGGAAAUGAAAAAGUUCUGGAAAGGUAGCAACUAUCAGGUAAUGGCCCAUCUGGACUCUUCAACAAAUGAAGAAAACCCAGUGACCACUGAUGAACAGAUUGUCCAACAGUAAUAUUACAUGGACAUGCAAUAAUGUGUUAUUGAUUUUCUACCAAUAGAGUUUGACUUUUUAAAUCAAUUUUUGAAUUGACAAUCUGAAAGCAUUUUCAGUGACGUUUGCAAAUAUAUAUUUUUAUGAGUUGGUACUGAAAAUUACAUCAUAAAGGAUGAAAAUGCAUUUGCUUUUAAUUAUGUCAAAAUUGUGCCUUCACAUUAAAUAAAAGCAUAUGGUCUGUGUGCUUUCCAAGACCCAUUAUAUAAGUAUAUUUUUCUAAAAAACAAUGCCUUGCCCUACUCCAUCCUUUCCAUACUGUACUAUGUUUCUUUCAACUCUAAUGAUGGAUCACAGUAUGAUGGCAAAGUGAGCAGAUGAACAAAUGUUUUAUUAAGGAAUUAUGUAGAUUUUGUCUUCUCUAUAGAAAUAACUAUUUCAGACCAUGCAUAAAGGCCAUUCAGCUGUGAAAAUCUGGUCCUCAUAUCCUGAAAAGGUUAGAAAUAUAUAAUUCAAGAAUAAAUAUAAACACAA